UUUGGAAAUUGUCAUGCAGGAGGAAAGCGUAAUAGUGCGUGCGGGGGCGGAUCUAAACGAUUACACCCCAAAGUUAAUGGCGAGGGGCUUUGUAUCGAACGUUACAGGCAUAGUAAAAAUGACAUUUCUCCGCUAAUUAAACCUACACACAUAGUUCAUGCAACAGCUGCUCGACAUCGUUAGCUCUGUUUCCACCGUGUGCAUUUAGAUUGACGGAUACUUGUUCAACAGGUGUGUGAAAACGUUAGUGUGAAUGGAGUCGCUGAAGGGUUUGUAAUUAUUGAGCCCAACACCGAGAGAUCGAGUAAUGACUUGGAUAUGAAUGGAAAACAGAGUGCAAGCCGAACGCGCCCUGUGCCAGAGGAUGGCGACAACGCCAUAGAGCUGUCGUCUGCUGUAGUAGAUAAAAAGGCGCGCGAACAUCCGCGCGACGAUCACAAAAGCAAACGACAGAGGGAGAGACGAGAUGUGACAGAAGACUCUUUGAGAAUCACAGGCAGGUCUGACGACAGACUCGGGGCAGUGAGUGCCUCACCAAAGCGCGCCAGCCCAGUCUCCCCGCAGCGGAACAUUUUGAACAAUAAUGUGAGAUAUGUUCAUAAUCGAUUCAUAGUCUUGGAUACUCCGGACAAUAGUACAAAUUUGCCUAAAUCCCCAAGGACCAAGCGCGGUGUUGAUAAUCCGCAAAUGCGAAUGGCGGAGGGUGCGGAUGCUGCCUUCGUCGAUGAUCCUCAGAUAAGUGGUUUAGCUGACAGGUCCCGUGGAAACCGGCGAAACAUGGCCAUGGACGCCUCCUCCGUUACUAUGGUCGGGCGCGAGAUCGAGAUCUCCCUGACCGAUCCCGAAAACGCUAAUAUGACCAUCCACCAGAAAAAACCCAAAAGUAUCUGGAAGCGGAUCUACCUGUGUUUACAGGACAAUCGCAUGAAGGGACACGAGUCUGAGGAACUCCUGAACGACCCCAACGAAUACCGCGUCCUGAAGAAGAUCCUCAACAUCAUCUUCAUCACCGUCGGCGUCACGCUCUUCGUCGCCGUCGUCGUCAGCGUCAUCUACUCCUUCAUCGUGGGCGACAAUGACCCGACAGAUGAGCCGUCACCCUCCUCCACGCCAUGUUCCAACAAUGCGACCUGUUCGAUCAAGUCCUGACAGGGUACAAUAUGGCCAAAGGGACAAUUCCGUCAAAACUCCUUGUCCUUUAAGGACAUGCUGGACCACACGCCAUCUACUGAAAGAACAGGCCAUGGUCGCCAUUAAAGUGUCAGAAACUGGCGCCAUUUUUUUUUUAAUACAUAUUUUUUUCCUAGCAAAAGAAACCAACGAUAUCUCCCGUAGAAUACCAGACAAGAUAUGCGUAACUGAAAACCCUUUUUGCAAGUUUCUACAUGCACGCGAUUUAUAUUGUUUCUUGCACGCUCAAGUCAAUUUCAUUAUCUUUAAAUACGUAUAUCUGCAUGAUUUUUCCUUUGACGUUUCUAACUGCAAUUAUCUCAAAUAAGUUCCUUGGAAUACCGAUAUGCUGCUUUUAAAAUCGAUAUUCUGAUGUGGAAAAAUAAAUCUGCAGCUAUCCAAGUCUCGGAGACGUGAGAUUGCUGGGAUUUCGGCCCCGGGUUAAAUUCAACGUUUCUAGGAAACUCCAUUUGAUGUGUAUACAGUGCCUUUCAUCUGAUCGAUCUUGUGGCUUCACCUUUACUUUUUUUAUAUGUUUUAUUAUAACCUGCAAUAAAGCGAUUUUAAAUUGAAA